AGUUUGCGGGGGUUUGACGAAAAUUGACCUCAUUGACCCCACUCGACUUCCAGGCCCGAGCCUUCUCGCUGAGGAAAGGGAUCAAAGGAGGAAGGAGCACUCCUCUUUUUCUCCCUAGGGUUUUUUAUUUGCUUUCUUUGCUUGCUACUGGACUGGUGUCUCUCAUCUUCUUCAACGACCUGUCGUAUCUGUUAUCACUCACCUUCCCACUAGAAUGAGUCGGCAUCCGGAGGUUCUCUGGGCUCAGCGAUCCGAUAAGGUAUACCUGACGAUUGCCUUACCAGACGCCAAGGAUAUUUCAGUGAAAUGCGAGACUGGAGGGGUAUUCAGUUUCUCUGCAGUUGGGGUUCAAGGCGAAUCCUUUGAUUUCACUUUGCAACUCUAUGGAGCCAUUAUUCCUGAGGGCUGUAAAACUAAUGUUGGGUUAAGGAACAUAAUAUGUUCAAUCCAGAAACAAGAGAAGGGUUGGUGGAAAAGACUACUCAAGUCGGAAGAAAAACCUGCACCUUACCUUAAGGUGGAUUGGAACAAAUGGUGUGAUGAGGAUGAUGAAGAGACUAAUUCUGAUUUGGCCUCUGAUGAUGAUAAUAUUGCGUAUGGUGAAGAUGAUGAAGGCAGUGACGAUGAAGGAAUGCUUUAUCUUCCUGAUUUGGAGAAAGCCAGGGGAAAUUAAUGAAGAUCAAGCACCUACAAGUAACAUGGAAGGGCAGUUCCAAUGAUUGAAGAAAUGUGUUGAUGAAAGGGGCAUGAGGGAAAUUUUAAUACAUGUUAUGCAAAACUACUGCUGUAAUAGAAGUUUGUAUAUAUUAAAUCUAACGUUGCUUUUAACAGGAUUGAUUCCUUGAGUCGGGUGAUUUUGUUGAAACUAAUUUGGGCGUGGUGUGGUUCAACUUAUAUCAUGCGAUUCUCUAGUCCUGUCUCUGUAGGAGCUGGGAAAUUAUUUCAAAUGGCGACACCGAGGGACUUACACUAUUGAUUGAAAACUGAGAAGUUUCGUUUGCUCUA